GGCCGCGGGCGGGCGGCUGGCGCUGCGCUCGGCGCCUGGCCUCGCCGCCCGGCCUGGCCGCUCCUCGCGGGCGCCCCGAGCCCCCUCCCGGCGAUGGUGCCGCCCGAGGGCGCGUCCGUCCGCCGCCGCCGCUGACCCCGGCCCCCCCGCCCCAUGGCCGCCUCGGCGCCGCCCCCACCGGACAAGCUGGAGGGAGGUGGCGGCCCCGCACCGCCCCCUGCGCCGCCCGGCACCGGGAGGAAGCAGGGCAAGGCCGGUCUGCAGAUGAAGAGCCCAGAAAAGAAGCGAAGGAAGUCAAAUACUCAGGGCCCUGCAUACUCACAUCUGACGGAGUUUGCACCACCCCCGACUCCCAUGGUGGAUCACCUGGUUGCAUCCAACCCUUUUGAGGAUGACUUCGGAGCCCCUAAGGUGGGGGGCGCAGCCCCUCCGUUCCUUGGCAGUCCUGUCCCUUUUGGAGGCUUCCGCGUACAGGGGGGCAUGGCAGGCCAGGUACCCCCAGGCUACGGCACUGGGGGUGGAGGGGGUCCCCAGCCUCUCCGUCGCCAGCCCCCUCCUUUCCCUCCCAAUCCUAUGGGCCCAGCUUUCAACAUGCCCCCCCAGGGCCCUGGCUACGCACCUCCAGGCAACAUGAACUUUCCUGGCCAACCCUUCAACCAGCCUCUGGGCCAAAACUUCAGCCCUCCUGGUGGGCAGAUGAUGCCAGGCCCGGUGGGAGGAUUUGGCCCCAUGAUCUCACCCACCAUGGGACAGCCUCCCAGAGGGGAGCUGGGCCCUCCUUCUCUCCCCCAACGCUUUGCCCAGCCAGGGGCACCUUUUGGCCCUUCUCCUCUCCAGAGACCUGGUCAGGGGCUCCCCAGCCUGCCCCCAAACACAAGUCCCUUCCCUGGUCCGGACCCUGGCUUUCCUGGCCCUGGUGGUGAGGAUGGGGGAAAGCCCUUGAAUCCCCCUGCUCCCACUGCUUUUCCCCCAGAACCUCACUCAGGCUCCCCAGCUGCUGCCGUUAACGGGAACCAGCCCAGCUUCCCCCCAAACAGCAGUGGGCGGGGGGGGGGAACCCCAGAUGCCAACAGCCUGGCGCCCCCCAGCAAAGCUGGUGGGGGGUCAGGGCCUCAGCCUCCCCCAGGCCUGGUGUACCCGUGUGGCGCCUGUCGCAGCGAGGUGAAUGACGACCAGGACGCCAUCCUGUGCGAGGCCUCCUGCCAGAAGUGGUUCCAUCGCGAGUGCACAGGCAUGACUGAGAGCGCGUACGGGCUGCUCACCACCGAGGCCUCCGCCGUCUGGGCUUGCGAUCUCUGCCUCAAGACCAAGGAGAUCCAGUCCGUGUACAUCCGCGAGGGCGUGGGGCAGCUGGUGGCUGCUAACGAUGGCUGAUCCUGGCGAGGGUGAGGGUUCCCAAGUCUGGCUCUCGGUCCUCGUUGCCACUGGCUUCCUGUCCCCAGGGGGCAGAGACACGGUGGCUCCUGAGGGCAGGGAAGGACCUGAGGUGGGCAGGCAGAAGAGUCUGGAUCGCUCGCUUUUCUGGAAAAUUACCUGUACACGUUGAGAUCUGCAGAGAUCAGGAAACCAAAGCCCUACCAGCGUUGUGGUGGCUCCCAUCUCUGAAGGCCUAGGGGUAUGGCUGCAACAGAGAAGAGGCUGGAAGAAGGUCCGGAGGGCAGGGGUCUCUUCUGUGCAGAUGACGGACGCCCCAGCACCUGUGCCUAACACUCCUGUCCAGCCCCGCAGCGGCAGCCUUAGUUUUUGGAGUGAAGUGUUAAAGGUUUCUGGCCAGAGGAGUCGGGGUCCCAUCCCCGCGGUAACGCUUUCAUGGGCUUUAGGAGACAGCUUUAGGUAAUAAAUGGGGAAUUUUCCCUUUUCUUACCCUC